AAUUCGGAAACGACGUGAGGUAUAAAAAAUCGUAUGAAUCGAACCUUGAAUCGAGUUUAUUAUAUAAAGCGAAUAUUCGUUUUCGUUGAAAUUUCCUUUACCUAAUCAGCAUAGAAAAGAGAGCCUAAUCAGUAAGAUCCGCAACUAACUAGUGCAUUAUUACUUGUUCAGAUCUUACUUUUUUAUAUUUUUUUUAUUAUGUUGCCCUCAAGGAGUAUCGUGUCCUACUUUAUUAGUACACGUGCUUUUUAUUCAGCAGUAAAUGUAAACAAAAAAUGUAAAGAAUCACAAAUGCAAGCAUGGCAAAUACAUGCGUACGGUGGGGUAGAGGAAUUACAGUUAUCCAGGUCUGCCAGAGCCCCGCAGAUUACCAAACCAGAUGAUGUUUUGGUGGAAGUCGCAGCAUCAUCUGUAAAUCCCAUUGAUGUAGCCAUGUUAGGAGGCUAUGGUUCCGGGCUGCUGGGAGUGUUGCGCCAGGUGUCAUCAUGCAGCCUGCAGAGGACGCUGGAGUUCCCACUGACGCUAGGCCGUGACUUUGCGGGACGAGUGGUGGGGAAAGGCCACGGCGUCAACUCCGAACUGGAGCUGGGGGACGAGGUGUGGGGCGCUGCACCACCUCACAGCCAGGGCUCUCACGCCGAACGCGUCGUCGUCAGCAAGUCGCUUGUUUUCCGUAAACCCAGCAACCUGACCACGGCAGAGGCGAGUGCUGUGCCCUAUGCUGGCAUGACGGCGUGGUGCGCCCUGAAGGUGACCGGGGACCUGGGACUCCUGCCGGCCCGCGGCAAGAGGGUGCUGGUCCUGGGGGGUGUAGGAGGGGUCGGCUCCUUGGCGAUACAGCUGCUGCGGGCCUGGGGCUGCACGGUGGUGGCCACAUGCAGCACAGAUGCAGUGCACUUGGUGGAGUCUCUGGGCGCACACUGCGUUGUCGACUACACCCACCCGGAUGCCAGCAGAAUCAUCAGGGAGGAGGGCAAGUACGACGUGAUCCUGGACGCGGCGGGCCUGGGCGCGGGCGAGGCCCCGAGCUACGCGGGCUGCCUCCGGGACUGGAGCCUGUCCAAGUACGUGACGCUGCGCUCGCCGCUGCUGCGCCACGUGGACGCGCACGGCCUGGCGCCGGGCCUGGCGAGGAGCGCGGCGGAGCUGCUGCUGCGCAACGUGCAGCUGGCGACGACCAGCGCCGGCAGCACCGUGCGCUGGGGCUUCUUCAUGCCAGUGCCCGCGGCGUUGCGCGAGCUCUCCCGGCUCGUGGAGGAGGGCAAGGUGAUGCCCCUUGUUGAGAAGGUGUUCAAGUUUGAAGAUCUGCCGGCGGCAUACGAGCGCGUGAAGCAGGGACACCUGCGCGGCAAGGUGGUGGUCGCAAUGGGAGACACGGCGGAGCAGCAGGCUCAGGAGCGGGUGGAAGUCGUGCAGUGAGCCGGCGCUUGGCGCUUGCUGCAGUUCGUCCAAGUCACCAGAGCCCUGCUCUCUCGAGUCCACGCUCACAGUUACCCGGCCCCGUGGUGCGCUGAUACAUAGAUUUGCUUUGUUGAACUUUAUUUAGGUCUGUGUCCUGGUUUUCAGACUAGAUCUUCGACUGCUGAUGGAGUUUGCGAAUAUUGUCUGUCGCCUGUUCAGAUUCGGUGUUGAACCACCCGCAGUUCUUCGCGACAUCCAGCUUGUAUAGCAACAUGGUGUCUCACUUCAGUGUUCCAAGCUGACCAUGUUGGCAGCUCCAUAUUCUCCUCCAUGACUAUCUGCAAAAUUUCUGUUUUUUCAUUAAAUAUUUCAUAAGACAGUUGCUGAUGGUAGAUUUAACUGUAUUAAUAUUUCAUGGCUUAUUCAAGAGAACUCACUAUACAAUUAAACUUUUAUUGUUUAUAAUCAUGAGCAUCACCAGUCAUUAUCUAGCAGAAUACUGACAUGUUCUUUAAAGCCUAGUUUUAUAGCUUGCAUAUAGCUUUUAAUCCUAAUUCAUUGAUUUCACUUUUAUGACAUUUGAGUUUUUUAUAGUUCAUGAUGAGUAUGAUUAACUUGAGGCCUUUUUAUUUAUAUUAAUUGAUAUUAGAUCAUUGUUGAUAAAAAAGCAAAUAUUUUCUUCCCCUCUCGUCUCUUUGUGAACCCCUGCUUCUCACAGUAAUAAAUAUCUGAUUGGGAUUACCCGUGAUUAGGGUUACUACAUAAUUAGGUAAUUUAAAUUGAAACGUGUGCAGGAGUGCAAGCAUUGGCAGAAGAGAACUUUAUAUAUUUAUUCAUACAUAGGUAAGCUUGUCGCAGAGAUGUGAGCUCUGUUAUCAGCGUAGCUGCAGCAGUCUAGAGGAGUUAGCCAUGUCUUUCACUCAUAAGUGUGUGUCAGAGUGCUGUCGGCACCUCCAGAUGUUUGUGGAAAUAUCAGUGCAUGGUUAAUGUAAACAUAAAAUUGCUAGCCACAGUUUUCUUAAGGCUGCAUGAAAAUUUAAAAAAAGGUACGGUAGUGUUUGCUAAUAUUUUUUUGUUGUUAAAUUUUACAUUAAACAGCCUGUGUGUGAGACAUGUAUUCUUGUUGUAGCAGUUGCCAUUAUUAAAUACUUUUUAAGUUAUUAUGGCAUCAGACAUUAAAUUUAAAAAGAAAAUACGUGGAAUAGGUACACUUAGUUUAUUAGUUACACAGCAGUAUUUCUGCAGGAAAAUCACAAACUUCAAAAUUUCUUGGAUGAAAAAAUUUAGCAGUGAUAUAAAAAUAUUUGUUUUACCACAAAUGAACUAUACUCACCUUACCCUCUGCAAUCCAACAGCAUUGGAAAAAUAAUGAAUUGAAUAGCGACUUCCUCCCCCCAUUCCUCUUUGGCUAAUCACAGGCAAUUAUCUUGACAUGUCACAUUCUUAUUUGCUGGAGAGAGGUUCAGGUUUGCCAGUAAAACAGUACUUAAAAAUGGCAUAAGUUCAUUAGCACGGAGAGCAGUUUUUUAACUAAGUUCGUUCCCAAUGUCUUUCAAAUAUUCAUGAGUUUCUCACACUUUUUAAAUGAAUGUGUGUAUCAUUACAUCGCAGUGUAUUGUUAACUGUGAGCUUAUAAAGCUGAUAAGGGGAAGCGUGUAUAAAUGCAAGGCAGGAAAUUUUUCCAGCUUAUCACACAGGCCCUGGACAAGUAUUUUCUAACCAGUAGUAUUUCUGUUGCUCUUUACACCCCUUUUCCACCUCUCCUUUGUAAAGAUUAGAUACUGGCAUGUCUUUGGGCAGAAUUAAUAAAAAAAGGUGGGCGGGGGGUUAUAUCACUAGUGGCAAAAUAUGCUUGUUUGGGGGGGGGGGGGGGGAAGAAGGCUGAAAAUGUUUAAUUUUUGUGUGAAAUGUGUAAAAUGGUUCGGCUUAUAUAAAUAUGAACAGUUAUUAGUAUUAGUACUCCACAUGCUGUACACAACUGGAAGAAGUCACUAUUCACACGAUUGUAGAAUAACAGUGUGUGUGAAAGGUGGGCACGAUUACACCACACGAUACGCUGUAACGUACAGUAGAUAUUUUUUAAUGUUUUCUACGGGAGAGAUGGUAGCACAACAUGUUCAAGGUGCGGCCACAGAGCAGAGGAGGGCGGCCGACUGUCCACGUGGCAGUGGGCUGGCGGGGAGGGUCAGCAUGCGUUCCACGUACACACGCUGCGGCCGGAGGUUUUUUUUGUUGCAUUAAUAGUCUUUAAUAUUUAUUUGUAUUUUAUUUAUUAAGACCAAAUAUACACAAAUAAUACCAAAUAUAUUUGGUUGAAAAAGUAACAAAAACAAUUAUUAUUUUUCCUCGGGCCACCUCGAUUUUAUGAAGGAAACAGUUUUUACAAAUGCAAUCCGUGGAACCUUGAGCAUACAUAGAAUCGGGGUUCUAGUGUAUAUUUGAAAUUUCUAUGUAAGCAAGUACUUGUAUGAAAUUGUGUUUUGUGACAAAUUGUUUCAUAAGAUAUUUAUUGCAUGCUGUGUGCUAACUUUAAAGUAUGGUACACAUAAUUACUGUCUCUGUAGGUGGUCUUUAAGAUAAAAUGUACUUUGAUCUUUAACAAUGUUUUAUUUUUAUUUUGCUUAAAGUGUGCAUAAACAUUUCCUCUGCAUUUCUUGUUUCUUGUUUAAUUUUGCUAUGCUAAUAAGUAGUUAAAUAUUCUUUAAUUUUAUCUAUAAUUGUUUGACUUAAUACCGAAUUUAUAGUCAAUAUAAGUUAUUUUCAAAUGUAUUAGUUCCAUAAAUAUUUGUGGUGGUUAGAAUCAAUGAUAAAUUACGACUUAUGAAACAGAGCUUGACCCAUCUAUGUACGGCAAAUUACUAACGUGUGUAAAAUGUGUUAGCACAUGAUGUACUGCUGUGGGCAGCAUUCAAAGGCCGGGUCCCAGCCGCCGGUAGCCCGGCACAGUUUGUGGUUAAACCCGCUGGGGACAUGGCUACCAUCUGGAUCCGAGUUUCUGUUGAAAACUAACUGCUACGUAAUUUACAAGGAGAGACUUGUGUGACAAAUUUUUUUAUUCAAGUACAAAUUCUGUUGAUGUCUCAGCUCGCCUCUGGAUGAGGAGUGACAAACAUGUGACAUCAGUCUGAAUUAGGUCAUGGCCAGGGAUGGAUGUAGUCCCAGGGAUGUCCAUCGCAUAUUAUUGCUGUAACUGAUUUUUAAGUUCAAUUGUCAGUUUAUUUAAACCUUUUUGUUUUGGCCUCCACAUAUAUAUUACAGUGCAAUUUGCCCUAAAAAUGGGCAAACCCUUGUGCUGGGUGAAUCUUUAAGGUUUCACAAUGAUGUUAGAAAUGAACAGAAACAAGGUGUGGUUCCGUCUGAAUAUAAUUACUCCAUACUUAGGAAUCUUAUAACAGAUAUUAACACAAAUAUUAACAUACAAUAUCAAUUACGUACUUAAACAGAUCUCAGGUAUAUUCAGAAAGAAAAAAAAUAUGGGCCGGCCCUAAAUUAAAUUAUAAAAAGGUUUCAUUAAAAAAAAUACAUAAACCAAUAAAAAAAUACAAAUAUGUUUAAACCAUCCCAGUAUAUAUUCUUAAAGUCCAGAAAUGAUGUUUAUCUGAUGAACUUUGUCUGACGGCGUAGUUUAAGAAAGUUCAGAAAAGGUUAAAACAUACAGUAGCACUGGAGGUCGGGGCUUCGUUUCCCGGAGAUCAAUCGGGAACAUGAUGCCAGGGCACCUGUGUGUUGUUGAGGAAGGGUGGUGAAAAUGCCAAUUCGGUGUCCGGCUCUCGGACCCUGUCUGGAACAGUCCGAAUCAAAACUGAUCAGAACUUGUACACAGACAGUAAACUGGGCAGAAAAUGCCCGCAAAAGUUAAGGGGAGGGUUGGGGAUGCCGCGGAUCGUAACUCACCAGACAGGGAAAUUGGCUUCUAUUUUCCGAUGCGUCGCCAGUCCGGAUCUGGAGCCCGCGAAUACGCUGCUGGGCGUGGACGUUUCCACCAUUUCAAAAAGAAAUUAUUUAAAGAAAAUAACUACUAUGUUUAUUACUGUGCAGACGGACUAAACUACAUAAAGAAGAUUACAGGAAUAGCAUCCCUUAUUUAAUCGACUACAUCGUCGGUUGCGGCCGAUGGAAGUCUUGCAGUGCGUUGAUCCGCCGAUAAUCACAAACGGUCCGUCUGCAGUCGCGAUGCGAAGUGUCUCGCGAAGAACCGCGUCUCAUAAUUAAAAGUAAAUGUUCAAUCUAAAGUGGAGGGGGGAGACUGGGACGUCCGGACCGAAAGGUUCCCAAGUUCCCCGAGUGGGACUUAUAAAAAACUCUGACUUUGAUGUCUCGAAGUUGGUAGCACUGGCUGACUUAAGCGCUACCUGUUGAGGGGUGUCUGAAAUAAAAAAGAAUCGACUCGCCCAAGACGCCUGCUUUAACCUAGGGCUAAUGGCGCAGUCUGGAGCUGCACUCUGGCAUCCUACAGGGGAAGGUAGCUGGGAGGUUAGUAAGUUUGUCACCAGAUGUCGUGGGGGUCAGCUCCACGGGCUCGUGACACGAGAAGAAGUUACUAUGUCCGCCGCUAGAUGUCGUGUGUGGUCCAUCUUUGUACACACAUUUUUUUAUGCCAGUCGUCCUUGGAGUCGGUCAACUCUUGGCGAGGUUCAUGACCGGUCAAUGGUCUUGGGCUAAAUUCUUAUAACCGAGAGGGGAGGGGGUGGGCAAAAAUGCAACGACGCUGGGAACGAGCGUCCAUGACGUGACUAUCAAGGAGAGAACCUAAGACGUAUUCGUGAUGGGAAAGGCUAUGGUCAGCUCGUCUCUGAGAAAUGGUAACAACUCAUCCAGAGCUGUUGUAUGCAGUUUUAGUCAUGAAGUGAAGUAAUGUUACAGGCCUGGGAUGUGCCUGCAAGCGGGAGAAAUGUCAAACGGGCUGCCAAUGAAGUCUUAGAUUUGCAAAAGAUCCGAUAGGUCUCUGAGAAAGGUGCUUCAAUCUACUGGCACAAAGUUUAACUACGUAGAGUACACCAGCCUAACAAAGAUUAAAUCAACCAAUUGUAACCAAAUUAUAAAGAAAAAUAAAA